ACAUCGAACACCGUUGGGUUGGUAGACAUGCCACCAAUUUUCAAUAGUGAAAAAUAAAAAUGGCGGAGCCUGAUCUAAACGUCGACAAUUUGAUUCAAAGAUUAUUAGAAGUACGAGGAUGUCGCCCUGGAAAAUCUGUACAAAUGUCGGAGUCGGAAGUGCGAGGGUUAUGUCUGAAAUCCAGGGAGAUCUUUCUUCAGCAACCCAUACUACUUGAACUCGAGGCUCCUCUAAAAAUAUGUGGAGACAUACAUGGUCAGUACACAGAUCUGUUACGGCUGUUUGAAUAUGGGGGCUUCCCUCCAGAGGCUAACUACUUGUUCCUCGGUGACUACGUAGAUCGUGGCAAGCAAUCCCUAGAAACCAUCUGUCUCUUGUUGGCCUACAAAAUAAAAUAUCCAGAAAACUUCUUUCUACUCAGAGGAAACCACGAAUGCGCCUCAAUUAAUCGAAUAUAUGGAUUUUACGACGAAUGCAAGAGACGCUACAAUAUCAAGUUAUGGAAGACUUUCACCGACUGCUUUAACUGCUUGCCAAUAGCGGCUAUAAUCGACGAAAAGAUUUUCUGCUGUCACGGAGGUCUCAGUCCUGAUUUACAAGGAAUGGAACAAAUUAGGCGCAUCAUGAGGCCGACCGACGUACCUGAUACAGGUUUACUCUGCGACUUGCUAUGGUCUGAUCCUGAUAAAGAUGUACAAGGUUGGGGCGAAAAUGAUCGCGGGGUGUCGUUUACUUUCGGUGCUGAUGUUGUCAGUAAAUUUUUGAACAGGCAUGAUUUAGAUUUAAUUUGUCGGGCUCAUCAAGUGGUGGAAGAUGGGUAUGAAUUUUUCGCUAAAAGGCAGCUAGUCACGCUUUUUUCUGCUCCUAAUUAUUGUGGCGAGUUUGACAAUGCAGGAGGAAUGAUGAGUGUGGAUGAGACGUUGAUGUGUUCUUUCCAGAUAUUGAAGCCAUCAGAAAAGAAAGCCAAGUAUCAGUAUCAGGGAGUGAAUUCGGGACGUCCGUCAACGCCGCAGAGAAACCCUACAACAAAGAAGAAAUAAAACGUGAGAGAAUACUAUUAUUGACAUUUUUUCAUUUACUUUCAACAGUGCAUUUGUAACGUUAUAUUCUCUAAUACUGCUAGACAGUCAGUCCUUUUUUAUGUUGAAGUAUUAUUAUUUUAUAUAUAUUAUAGUUUUCUCCUUUUUCUUCUUCUUCAUUUAAUUAAAUUGUGAUUGUAUUGACUGAUUAUAAGUUUAUUUUGUUUGACUGACUGUUGAUUUGUAUUCAUUGUCGUAUUGUAAAUAAAUUAUGUUAUUUAUUUAGGAACAAGACCAGUGGAUUGGUGUGUUUAGUAAAACUGUUAAAUUAUUCUCAACUUGCUUGCAUUUACAUGUGCAUCGUAAAGUGGCCCAGCCAAAGACUUUGUGAUUGGUCAUUUUAUUCGUUACUAUUUUUAAAUGUGUAGAUGAAUCAUUUUAUAAUUUUUGGGUUCCUAAAUAUUGCAAUUGCAUCUUGACAAAUUGCGAUCACGUGGUUAAUCACAUGUUUGUAUAGAAAUCGGCAUAAAUGCAUUUUGUUUCACUCGUACUAUUGUUUGUGUUUAAUAUUAUUUCAUUUAAUGACAAAUCUAUUACACCUAAUGUACUUUAAAUUUGACAAAUAAAUCUAUAUAUUACUACUGAA